UAUGAAGACACGAGGAAGAGAAUUAGGGGGUUCUUUCACAACGGAGAAUGGGUAUGACGGUUAAAACUACUUCUGCUGCGAAGAGCUCUUUCCAAGUCUCUCCUUCCGCUGCUGAAAAUGGAAAACUUAAUGCCGAUGCUAUUGUCAACCUUGACCAUGGAGACCCAACAAUGUUUGUGCCAUACUGGCAAAAGAUGAGUGAAGGAAGCACCAUAACUUUUCCAGGAAGUCAGUCACUAAGCUACUUUUCUGAGACAAAGAGCGUGUGCUGGUUUCUGGAGCCGAAGCUAGAAGCAGAGAUAAGGCGGCUUCACAGAAUUGUUGGAAAUGCGGCGGUUGGAGAAGAGGACUGUAUUGUGGUGGGAAGUGGGUCGAGCCAGCUGAUUCAGGCCGCUCUUUACGCCCUUUCUUCUCCGGAUCCAGAUCAGCCCCUUUCCGUCGUUUGCGCCGCUCCUUAUUAUUCGUCAUAUCCAGAAAUUGCAAACCUACUAAGAUCAAGGAGCUACAAAUGGGGAGGAGAUGCAAGGAAUUUUGAUAAAGUGGAAUCUUAUAUAGAGCUGGUAACCACUCCAAAUAACCCUGAUGGGGUCAUUAGGGAACCUGUGGUUAAUAGACCUCAAGGAACUGUGAUUUAUGACUUUGCCUAUUACUGACCGCAUUACACUGCAAUUUCCUCUGCACCUACCCACGACCUUAUGCUCUUCACCUUCUCCAAGUGCACCGGCCAUGCUGGAUCAAGAAUUGGUUGGGCAAUUGUAAGGGAUAAAGAAGUUGCAAAGAAGAUGACAAAGUUUAUAGAGGUGAGCACAAUUGGGGUAUCUAAAGACUCCCAACUGAGAGCAGCUAAGAUCCUUGGAGUUGUUUCAGAUAGUUGCUUUAGUGAUGAUGACUUCUUUGCUUAUAGCGGAAAUAUGUUGAAGGAGAGAUGGCAAAGGUUAAGACAAGUUGUGAAGGGUAGUGAUCUAUUCCAUGUCCAAAAAUACCCCGUUUUAUUCUGCCAUUUUUCCAAAGCCAUGACUGAGACACUUCCAGAUUAUUUUGCAAACAGCUUUUGCAUGGAUGAAGACAAUCAAGGGAGAGGUGGAUUGUGUGGAUCUACUGAAGGAUCACAAGAUUCUUGCCAGAAUCGGAACCAGAUUCGGGGUUGAAAGCAAUUUUGCAAGGAUAAGUAUGGUGUCUAAGAAUGAGGAGUUCAACACUUUUUUACGAAAGCUAUCAAUCAUCCAAGGAAGAGAUGAUCCUAUUUAUGAUGAAAAUCACACUAGUAUCUAAAUAUUUUGAAUGACGAAUUUGAAGGAAGAUGAAGAGAGGAUUGAAUCUCUUAAAAAUGAUGUACGAUGAUUUUCAAUUGUGGUGACUUUUUGAAAUUAAUUUUAAUCCAAUACAAAUAAAUCAUUUAAUUUCGUCCAUGGCAUGUAGUGAGCUUUUCUUAAAAUAUUAUGGAGUAUUAAAAUAAGACUUGUGAACAAAAUUCGGUAAAGUAAUUGAACAGGCCCAACAGGCCCAAGUGGUCCAAACACAGCAAACAAGACCCCGGGGAUGUACGACCUUCGACAUAUAAAGACCCCGGGGACGCACGACCUUCACCACCUGGAAGACCCCGGGGAUGUACGACCUUCAGCGCAUAACGGUCCCCGGGGACGUACGGCCUUCAGCACUACUUUCGUCAGCCAUACACUUGUCUCCCAGACCUUCGUCUGCCGCACCUCCGUCAGCCAGACAUUCGUCGCUUAGACCUUCAUCAGCUACACCUUCGUCAGCCAGACGUUCGUCUCCCAGGCCUUCGUCUACCACACCUCUGUCAGCCAGACGUUCGUCGGCCAUAGGGAGCUCACAGAGCCAGGUUUCCAUACUUAGCUUAUAUAUUCGAAUGUACUCA